AUGGGCGACGGCCCGCAGCCGCCGCCGCCGGUCCUGCUCGCCGCCGCGCCGGGUGAGGCCAAGCUCUGCCACGCCGCGGCGCUGUCCCGCGAGGAGGUCAUCCGCCGGCGACGGCGCCGCCUCCUGCAGCUCUGCUCCCUGUACCGCGCGCAGCUCUGGGCGCUCGCCGACGAGCUCUCCGCCAGGCACGCCGAGUACUGGUGGGAGCACGGGGCCAGCCCCAUCGUCGCCCCCGGCGCCGGGAAUGCCGUUGGCGACGGUGGCGCUCCGCUCCCUCUUCCUCUUCCUCCCGCUGUGAAUGGCGGCGUCCGUGCGGGCUCUGCCGCGGGGAGGGCGGGGUGCUUGGCGGCGAAUUGCGGCGCGAAGGCGAUGCCCCUCACGUCCUACUGCUUCGAUCACAUCCUCUCCGACCCCAAGCAGCGGCUCUACAAGCCCUGCGCAUUUGUCACCAAGCGAAGUGGCAUGCAAAGUGAUGUAACAACUUGUGGGAAACCAGCCCUGACAGGCAUUACUCCAUUGCGAUGUUCUGAGCAUGAUCCAAAAUCUCAGAGGCUCUUUAUAAAUGCUCUGAAAAAAGUUGGAAUUGACCUGCCCUUGACAAGCAAGAGUGUUCCAAAACUCUCCCUGUUGAUUUGUGAAUCAGUCCGCCAAAUUCAGAUGAAAAGAAGGAUGCAGUUAAAUGGUGCAAAGAAUGUGCCACUUCAUAGAUCAUCAAAAUGAUUCUUUUGGGUUGAUAUAUGAUCCUGUUGUACAUGAUAGCUGACAGACAUGAAAGAUCAUCCACUGUAAAUACCAGGUAUUGAUGCGCACCUCAUAGUCAGAAAACUUGCUGGAGUUAUGGGGUGCAAAAAUCUUGCACAGAAGAAAAUGCUGCUCAACUGGCCAACUGCUUGUAAAGAAUUCCCUCUUCAAUCCUUCAAAGGAAGAAAUGAGAGUUGGACUUAGAGCAUCCAAGGAAAUGCAAAAACAUGUUCAAGGAACUGCAGGGGAAUGUAUAGCCCUGAUGUUUGUUGAUCUAUAUGAUGUAGUUGCUCAGUAAUCCUUCUAUAUUUGUUCAUCCAACCUUGCUGUGGUCGUAUCAGCAUAGUUUGUUCAUGCUGCCGCAGAUUGUAGUGGUUUAGAUUUUUAGUUUGCUGAUGAUGUUUGGGAAUUAAGCUUGCAAGCUUCAAACUGUGAAAGUUGAUGGCUGCUCGAAUUCCUCUAGCAUUGUAAGGUUCGUUGCCAAUGUGUAUAUAUUAACUAGUACUAGCUUGGUUUUCUUAUUCUACGAACAAAAUUAUUGAUCCCUUGGAUUAUACGUCUUGAAUGUGUGUAGGAGAUUGAUUUUGCGCUAUGAAUGUGUGUACGAGAUUGAUUUUGCUCUA